AUGUUGACUUCUGCGUUGCUUCUGCUUGCCUCGUUCGGCCUGGCCCAGUCAGCCAGUCUCGAAGACCUAUAUCUUGAAAAUGCGCCCUCUUCGCCGCGCCCCUAUGUGAUUCCGCAUUACGCGAACUCCCAUGCCGUCACUAUCGGCGAUCAGCUGUAUCGCUUUACGGUGACUGGCCCUUCUUCCGAUAAUGCGUUCACUUUGAUGAGCACCAAUGCGCCUUCCAGCUCGUCAUUGGGUGUAUUGCCCCAUAUUCACCAGAAGCAUUAUGAGAACUUCUUCAACUUCAAGGGUCGGUUCCAGCUUUGGGCCCAGAAGGGUGCUGCGGAGCAGCAGGCUCGUCUCUUGACGCAGGGUGACUAUGGAUCGGUUGUUCGGAACACCACCCACACAUUCCAGAUCUUGGAUCCCGACACCGAGAUGGUCGGCGUGAUUGUUCCGGGUGGCUUUGAGGACCUCUUCUAUGCCCUCGGAACCAACUAUACAUCAGGCACCGACACCCCUUAUGUUCCCGCCCACUCCAACAGCUCAUCGUCCCCGGACGCAAGCGUCAUCUCCUCUCUGCAAAAGUUCGACGUGUACGCCAAGCUUGGCUUCGAACCCCGUCGCGAUAUCGUCAACGGCACCGCUCCCGUCGACAACUCCGAAUGGCACACCGGUGACAAUGCGCUCGGUAACGCGGGCGAGCCUUACUUCGUCGCCAACGGCUACGGUCCCAAGUACUUGAGCUCCAAGUUUGGUUACCAGGUUGUCCAACCUCUGGUUACCCCCAAGCAGGCCCAAGACACCAACUACACUCUCUCGACUAUCUCCCUCAGUCGCCAGACUAAGGACAACGCCCCGGCAUACACCUUGGGUGGGGCUGCGGCCUUUGAGGUCAUUGAGGGUGUGCUUAUGAUCCAGAUUGGCGAUUACCCCGUCGCCACUCUGUAUGGGGGCGAUGUGGCGUUCAUCCCCGUCGGUGUCUCUUUUACUUACUAUACCGAGGUGGCUUUCACCAAGGUGUUGUAUGUCAGCAGUGGAAGCAACGGUGUGGAUUCGCAGUUGAUCAAGGGUGGAAAGCCUUGGAACUGGGUCACAUUCCCCAAAUAUUAG